AUGCAGGAACUGUUCAAGUGCUGCAGUUACAAAUUUCGUGGAAUUUUAUGCAUUAUCGGUGGGAUUUUGAUACACCUGACAUAUGGCUACUCGUACACUGUUGGUGAGAGUGAUGUUAAUUUUAAUCCUUAUUUCACAGGCAACAUGGCACCUUACAUCGUGGAUUAUAUGGAUUUCCAUAACCUAUCUGUGAAUAGAACAUCAGUUGUUUGGUUGGCGUCCGUUGACUUUUCGGCGCAGUCGGUUGCCAUGCCAAUAUCCGCAUUUAUUGCAACAAAGACUGGUUUCAGAUCUGUGGUUUUCUGCAGCUGUGUAUUGCAUAGUGGAAGUAUUGCACUGACUUAUUUUGCCGUCAACUGGGGUUUCUGGGCAGUGGUACUUAUUUACGGCCUUCUUGGAGGAAUCGGAUUUGGAGCGGGAUAUUCUGUGAUUAUUGCAGCGGCGUCAGAGUGGUUUCCAAGCCGACGUGGUCUAGUCAUGGGCCUAAUCCUUAGCGGGUUUGGUGCAGGCGCGCUGGUAUUUACACCAAUUCAGACUGGUUAUAUCAAUCCGGCUAACUUGAAGAUAAAUACAACCACACGAUGCGGAAAUUUUGCACCGUGUUCCACAGGCAUUUUUACUACUGGCGGGCAUAACAGCAGCUUUACAAAUAACCGGACUAUUGUUUAUGCAGAAGAAGCCACAAAUGCGGAAAUUUUGCACCGUGUUCCACAGGCAUUUUUACUACUGGCGGGCAUAACAGCAGCUUUACAAAUAACCGGACUAUUGUUUAUGCAGAAGAAGCCACAAUUUUUCUUUGAAUUAUUUUACAGGUUGGUUGACAUAACACCAAUGAAUAUUUUGAAAGCUAUGGACUUUUAUCUUUUAUGGUUUUCCGUUUGUUGUGGUGCCAUCCCAAUCACCCUGGUGACCUCUCUGUUCAAGGUCUUUGGGAAUCGGUACAUUCACGACGAUCUCUUUCUGGCUGGUGUUUCAAUGUCUGCGUCGGUAUGCAACUGUCUGGGUCGUAUAUUCUGGGGUCGCGUAUGUGAUCGGAUUUCGUUUAAAGUUUAUAGACGAAACAAACAUUGGAUAAAUACAUUCACAACAUUGGUUGUUGAUCACAUGGCUGUUGAUCUGUUCGCCGAGCUUGGCAAUUGGCUUGCAAACGUUUCGUCACCAUACGAGGAGACAUCAUCGGUACCUAUGAGCUGCGUGUGCAUUUUGUGGGCCGUGCUUCUGUUCAGUUUCCCAUUCAUUUCCGUAUUCACCGGUUCCGGCGCAAAAGCUACGUUCGUCCUCUGGGUUAGCCUUAUGUUCUUGUGUCAGAGUGGAAUUUUCGUGUUAGCCCCAACGGCCACCGCAACAACUUUUGGGGCAGCGAAUUUUGCCGUCAACUACGGGAUCAUCUACACAGCUUUCUUAUGCCACUUCGCGUUUUCAUGUGCGAUAACCGAAUAUAUAUCAGUAAAUUUUAUACCUUGUGGUUUCUGUUACUUGCAGCUUGUUGGGAGCCUGGCGGCAUCUAUGAUGACAAUUCUUGCUCCCGCUGGAACUUCCGUCGACAACCACUUUUUUGUGGCCGGAGCAACGUCCGUAGUCGAUACACGUGUGUGUUUUUGCCUGCAAAGUGGUGAGCCAAACAUGCAAGUAUUUUUGGGUUUCCCAGAAAUACAGGAGACUGUCGGAUCGGAUGCAUGUAAUUUACGGAAGCCCAAACAACCCAACAUCACAGAUCUGUGA